AUGCGGCGAUCAUUUUUUCGUCGUGCCAGGACCGCAAAGCCUGCGCAAAGUCUGACUCACCUGGAAAUCUUCACGCAGCUCCAACUAGGCAUUCAUCCUCCGCUGAGCGCGCAGCGCCAGUUUAUUCAGCAACACUUUGAGGAAGAAAUGCAUCGCCGGGGAAUUACAGAGGCCAAACUGUUGGCGAUGGAGGGGCGUCUGUGUACGCGCCUGCUCCGUCAGCUGUUGUUUGAGCGGUAUCUUUCCGUGCCGUUUCGCCUCUUUACAUUUGACUUGGAGUUUUCGGGACCUCCUGUGUUUGGGCCAGAUGGCCCCACGGAGGACAUCAUUGAGUUUGGCUUUUACUCCCCCGCGAACGAUGCAACGUUUUCCUUUCUGGUGAAGCCCACCAGCGGACGUCGUGUCUCAACGGAGGUUUCAGCACUGACGGGGAUUACCCCAGCGAUGUUGGAGGAGCAGGGACUGACUUUUCCAGCGGCAUGGGAGCAGGUGAUGGGGGUUCUCAUGAUGCCAGAGCCACAGGAGCUCCCCGGCGCGGAGAAGCGGCUGCUCGUUCUGAGCCACGGUGGGAAGUUGGCCGACGUCUCCCUCAUCAAGUGGACGCUCGAGGCGCAUGGCAUGGAGCUCCCUCCUUCUUUGCUGUUUGGCGACACCUUCCACCUUAUCCGUGACGCCCACCGCCGCCGACCUGUGACGCCGGACAAACACCCACCAUCGUGGGGCCUAGAGGACCUCGUGCAGUGGCUUAAGAUCCCACCCACGCUUCCAGCCCACCGCGCCGGCAAUGAUGCAAAGAUGACGUGGGACGCGUUGUACCACACACUCGAACGCUACGGUGACGAGGAUCUGACGCCGCGGGAACAGCUGGUUUCACGCUUCUUCGACGAGGAGGCGAAGGCGGCUAUGAGUCAAGGCGAUCAGCCGCACUACUUGGAACCCGAUGGAACGCUGGCGACGGAAGGCGCGAACGCGGAGGCCUCCAUGAGCCUCUCGCUCGACCUGAACUUUGAUGAGAUUUUUACCUCUAGCGGAAAGCGGAGGGGCACGGCUGCCGCCCCUCCCGCUGCGGAGGCGCCGGAGGGAACUGAUGAUGCAGACAUCGCAGGUGAGGGAGCGGAGGCCAGGCGCCGUGCGCAGGAAGUGGAGCAGCACCCCCACGUGCAUGAGUUUGUGAUUUAA